CAACAAUUUGGCUCUUUGGUUGAGCAGGGUUGAGUAACACUGCUUUAGGCGUAUGUUGGAAUAGUCUGUUAAGCCACCUGAUGGCUGUCAGCUGUUGACAUCAGUGGAAAUGUUGGUUUUGACCAAAAGCAAGCAAGUUUUUUUAAAAAUGAAAUGACAUUACAAAUAGAAUCCACAAGAGCACUCCAAGCAAUUCCCAUAAGUCUAUGUUUAAGGCACUCACAUAAACGUACUUAUGUGUUAGUUCUGUUAUCACAUAAGGGGAUCUGCAUGUGUGGUGGCUUGCUGAUGACAGAUCCUUUACUACAGGAGCAGGACAGCAUCAGCAACAAGCGGCUGCUCUGUGAAUUUACUGGUAAAAUAUACCAGUGGGAUUCUGACUUCCUCCCAGUUGAUUUUGGGGUGAGGCAGGGGUGCAUCUUAGCUCCUACACUUUCCAGUACCUGUACGGACUGGAUAGAGCAGGUAACAGGUGUAGUGAACUGUGGUGUGUUGCUGAUGAUGACCAGAUCACUGAUCUCUGGAUUACCAAUCUUUGCGGAUGAUGCUGUGGCCCCUGUGGGCUCUGAGCUAGCUCAGUGAGGAGCCUGGGAUUGUGCAUAUCCUGGGCCAAAACAAAGACGCAGGCAUUCUGGGUCGUUUUGGAGGCUGCCGUCAAAUCUGUGGGGGGAGUUGUGGAGUUCAUCUAUCUUCUUGCCAGGCAGCAAACCCCUCUGCAGUUGUUGCCCUCUACCCCUGCACCCCCCUCCCAUCCUAUUCUUUACCACAGGGCCACCCCUGCCCACCUAUUUGUGUCGACCUCAGCCAAUGAGAGUCCAGGGCUCUGAGAGGAGAGCACCAGCCCAGAGAGAGAGAGAGAGAGAGAGAGAGAGAGAGGGGGUAGAGAGAGAGCAAGUGUGAACGCAGGGGGUUGCCAGUUUUUAAUCCCAAUCCCACACUUCCAGAAAGUGCCUCUCCGUUUCAGCCAAGAUGGAGAACGCACACACCAAAGAGUCGCCCGAUGUCCUGUCCUACUUUGGCGUCACCGAAGACAGCGGCCUCUCACCUGAGCAGGUUAAGAAGAACCUGGACAAGUACGGCUUCAACGAGUUGCCAGCAGAGGAAGGAAAGACUAUCUGGGAGUUGGUGGUGGAACAGUUCGAGGACCUGUUGGUCAGAAUCUUGCUGCUGGCUGCCUGCAUCUCUUUUGUGCUUGCCUGGUUUGAGGAAGGCGAGGAAACGGUCACCGCCUUUGUCGAGCCCUUCGUCAUCCUCCUCAUCCUCAUUGCAAAUGCCGUGGUUGGAGUCUGGCAGGAGCGUAACGCAGAGAGCGCCAUUGAGGCUCUGAAGGAGUACGAGCCUGAGAUGGGCAAAGUUUACCGGGCGGACAGGAAGAGCGUGCAGAGGAUCAAGGCCAGGGAGAUUGUCCCCGGUGAUGUGGUGGAGGUUUCUGUUGGUGACAAAGUGCCAGCUGACAUCAGGAUCAUCUCCAUCAAAUCCACCACCCUGCGUGUCGACCAGUCCAUUCUCACCGGUGAGUCUGUUAGUGUGAUCAAACACACCGACGCCGUCCCCGACCCCCGAGCCGUCAACCAGGAUAAGAAGAACAUGCUGUUCUCUGGUACUAACAUCGCUGCUGGAAAAGCCACCGGUAUUGCCGUUGCUACAGGAGUCUCCACUGAGAUCGGAAAGAUCCGUGACCAGAUGGCCGCCACCGAGCAGGAGAAAACGCCUCUGCAGCAGAAACUGGACGAGUUUGGAGAGCAGCUCUCCAAGGUCAUCUCCCUCAUCUGUGUGGCCGUGUGGAUCAUCAACAUCGGACAUUUCAACGACCCCGUGCACGGAGGCUCCUGGAUCCGCGGUGCCAUCUACUAUUUUAAGAUCGCUGUAGCUCUGGCUGUGGCUGCCAUCCCUGAAGGUCUUCCUGCUGUCAUCACCACCUGCCUUGCUCUGGGAACUCGCCGUAUGGCCAAGAAGAACGCCAUCGUCAGAAGUCUGCCCUCUGUGGAGACGCUCGGCUGCACCUCAGUCAUCUGCUCUGACAAGACCGGCACCCUCACCACCAACCAGAUGUGCGUCACAAAGAUGUUUAUCAUCGAUAAAGUCGACGGUGAUGCCGUUUCACUCGGCCAGUUUGACAUCUCAGGUUCCAAGUACACUCCUGAGGGAGAAGUGACAAGGAACGGCUCCUCUGUGAAGUGUGGACAGUUUGACGGGCUGGUUGAGCUGGCGACCAUCUGCGCUCUCUGCAACGACUCCUCUCUGGACUACAACGAGUCCAAAGGUAUUUAUGAGAAGGUGGGCGAGGCCACUGAGACAGCUCUGAGCUGUCUGGUGGAGAAGAUGAACGUGUUCAACUCUGAAGUCCGCGGCCUGUCCAAGGUGGAGAGAGCAAACGCUUGCUGCUCGGUGAUCAAGCAGCUGAUGAAGAAGGAGUUCACCCUCGAGUUCUCCAGAGACAGAAAGUCCAUGUCUGUGUACUGCUCUCCUGCCAAGUCUGCCAAAGCCCCCGUGGGAAACAAGAUGUUUGUCAAAGGCGCUCCUGAAGGCGUCAUUGACCGCUGUGCGUAUGUCCGUGUGGGCACCACCCGUGUCCCCCUCACAACCCCCGUCAAAGACCACAUCAUGUCGGUCAUCAAGGAGUGGGGCACUGGGAGAGACACCCUCCGUUGUCUGGCUCUGGCCACCCGAGACACCCCUCUGAGGAAGGAGGAGAUGAACCUGGAGGACUCCACCAAGUUUGCAGACUACGAGACUGACCUCACCUUCGUGGGCUGUGUUGGCAUGCUUGACCCUCCUCGCAAGGAGGUCAUGAGCUCCAUUGAGCUGUGCAGAGCUGCAGGCAUCAGAGUCAUCAUGAUCACUGGUGACAACAAAGGCACAGCCGUGGCUAUCUGCCGUCGUAUUGGCAUCUUCAGCGAGGACGAGGAUGUCACCGGAAAGGCCUUCACUGGCCGUGAGUUUGAUGACCUCUCUCCUUACGAUCAGAAGAGCGCUGUUAGGAAGGCGUGCUGCUUCGCCAGAGUGGAACCCUCCCACAAGUCGAAGAUCGUUGAGUUCCUGCAGGGCUUUGAUGAGAUUACCGCCAUGACCGGUGACGGAGUGAACGAUGCCCCCGCCUUAAAGAAGGCGGAGAUUGGCAUCGCCAUGGGCUCUGGCACUGCCGUUGCCAAGUCUGCCUCUGAGAUGGUCCUGGCUGACGACAACUUUGCUUCCAUUGUGUCCGCUGUAGAGGAGGGCCGAGCCAUUUACAACAACAUGAAGCAGUUCAUCCGCUACCUCAUCUCCUCCAACGUGGGCGAGGUCGUCUGCAUCUUCCUCACAGCUGCCCUCGGUCUCCCCGAGGCUCUGAUCCCCGUCCAGCUGCUCUGGGUCAACCUGGUGACUGACGGUCUGCCCGCCACCGCUCUGGGCUUCAACCCCCCUGACCUGGACAUCAUGGGAAAAGCUCCACGCUCCCCCAAAGAGCCACUCAUCUCAGGCUGGCUCUUCUUCAGAUACUUGGCCAUCGGAGGUUACGUCGGUGCAGCGACUGUAGCAGCAGCAGCCUGGUGGUUCCUGUACAGUGAUGACGGCCCAAUGGUCACCUUCCACCAGCUGUCUCACUUCAUGCAGUGCAGCGAGGAGAACGAGGACUUUGCGGGGAUCCACUGUGAGGUGUUUGAGGCCGCUCCUCCAAUGACGAUGGCUCUGUCUGUGCUCGUCACCAUCGAGAUGUGCAAUGCUCUCAACAGCUUGUCAGAGAACCAGUCUCUGGUGCGUAUGCCUCCCUGGAGUAACGGCUGGCUGGUGGCCGCCAUGUCUCUCUCCAUGUCCCUCCACUUCAUGAUCAUCUACGUCGACCCGCUGCCCAUGAUCUUUAAGCUGACUCACCUGAACACUGAGCAGUGGAUGAUGGUGCUGAAGCUCUCCUUCCCCGUCAUCCUCAUCGACGAGCUGCUCAAGUUUGUGGCUCGUACAUAUCUGGAGGGUAAAGUCUAAAGGUGACGUUAUAGCGGAGAGCGCGUGAAGCAGAGAGAGAGCGGAGAGACUCGGAGGAGCAAUCUGAGCGCUCGCGCUGCAGAAAGCUGCCAAAAGCCGCAGACGUGAUUUUAAACACGCCGUGGCGUGAAAACAAACACAUUAAAACCAUCUGAAAAUAAACCACAAAGAGCUGCAAACUAUUUUUCUGUGUAUGUACUGAAGUUAAUAUAUAGGUGAGAGUUAUUAAAGCUAUAUGUGUUGAUUCUGUUCUUAAAGAAUAAAGAGAUGUUACAAACAAACUGA